AUGGCUGUCCAGCAGCACGUCCUCAACUGGCUGUACAGUGUCCUCACCAGUGAAUACCAAGACGUCAACCGCACCUACAACGAUGUGGCCCAGGCCCUCUCCCAAUUUCCAUCCCUGUCGCCGCGGACAGACGUCCACACCUUUUCCAAUGGCGCCUCGGCCCUGCUUCUCCACCUCUCCGGCACCCUGCCGGCCGUCUUCCGUGGCACUACCUACCGCUAUCCCAUCUCCGUCUGGGUCCCCCACGCAUACCCCCGCGAGGCGCCGCUCGUCUACGUCACGCCGACCGAGAACAUGAUGGUCCGUCCUGGCCAGCACGUCGACCCCCAGGGCCAGGUCUACCACCCCUAUCUCGUGGGCUGGUCCGAGUUUUGGGAUAAAUCCAGCAUUGUCGACUUCCUGGCCAUCUUGCGCGAUGUCUUCGCCAAGGAGCCGCCUGUCAUUGCUCGCCAGUCUGUCCGGCCAUCGCCUUCGACUGCCGCAACACCAUCCCCUCCACCCAUUCCACCCUUCCCGCAAGAGCUGGCUGCUCACCAUUCUGCUGCCGCCUUCCAGCUGCCGACACCUCCGCCCAAACCCAGCGCCAACGUCACCACUACCACUAGCACCACUCCCCCAAAACCAGCCCCACGCCGUCUCCGCCUCCGGUUCCACCCCAUCCGCAUGCUGACUCCUCCGCUGCUGCCAACUCCAUUGCGGGAAUGCUGCACGAUGCCCGUCUCAGCUAUACUGGCACUGCCAUCCAGACUCCCCACUCGCCGUCUCCUCCCCCUCCCCCACGACCACCACCUGUGCCCGGCAGGCCCUCAUAUCAGCAGUCUCCUCUAG